AUGAGGGUACCUCAUUUACUCGGUCUGAUGAGCUAGCGGCUGCUGUCCUCUAUGCGACAUGCAAAGACACUUGGUCGUCAGUCCUUGGAUAAACGGCAAGGUCCCAGGGCUGGAUCAAUGAAUGGGCUGAACUUGAACGAAAAGGCGAACAAAAAGGGAGCUCGGGCACAGUGACGCCUGUUCCGUGCGGAAGUGGGGUGAGAGUUAGGAGUUGAAACCUGUGAUCUCCAGGAGGUGCGAGGGCUGCGCUUCGGUCCCAACAAGCUGGUCUCCGGGGAAAAGGGCUGCUCCGCACUCGAGUAUCAGCAGCAGUUCCUGUUGCAGGAACUCCGUUGCUAAAGCAGGGCUUCCCAACCCUGGUCCCGGAGAUUCCUGGUUUUCAUGAUGUGCCAUGGGGGCCUGCUCUGUCUCCCUCUCCUGCUGUUUCUCAUUCAGGUGGGACCCUCUGUCUCUGUUCAGGAUAUUCAGACCAACCAGGAGACCAUCGUGAAGAUUAACACUGCCGCACAGUUGAUGCAGUGCUCUGCAGGCAUUGAUAUCCUCUUCUUGAUAGACAGCUCCUACAGCAUUGGGAAGGGCAGCUUUGAGAGGUCCAAACACUUUGCUCUGAAGUUUUGUGAGGCUCUGGACAUCCAGCCGAACAAGGUAAGAGUGGGGGUGAUUCAGUACAGCUCCACGGCACGACUGGAGAUUCCGCUGGAAUCCUACCAAACUAAGGAACAGCUGAGGAAACAACUGAAGAAGCUUUCCUUCAAGGGCGGCAGCACACAGACAGGGUUGGGUUUGAAGUACGUGCUACGGAAGGGCUUCCCCGACGGGCGUAACAGCACCGUGCCCCGCAUCCUCAUCCUGCUCUCUGACGGAAAGUCCCAAGGCAACGUGGAGGCGCUCGCUUCCGAGGUGAAGAGUUCUGGCAUCAUCCUGUUUGCUGUGGGAAUCCGAUACCCAAGGUGGGAGGAACUUCAUGCCAUGGCCAGUGAUCCCACGGAGUUGCAUGUCCUGUUUGCAGACCACUUUUAUGAUGCGAUCAAUGGCCUGUACAGCACCCUGACCACAUCCUCCAUCUGUUCUGCCGUGCCCACAGGCUGUAGGAUAGAACCUUUUCCCUGUGAGCGGAAAACCCUAGAGAUGGUCAAGGAGCUGCAUGGAAAUUUCAUGUGCUGGAAGGGAUCCAAAGGCUAUGCACCAGCUACCACCCUUUGCCCAUAUUACAGGUGGAACCGAUUUUAUCGGAAACAUCCAUCUACAUGCCACCGAACAGUAUGUCCAGACCCCUGUGACUCCCAGCCCUGUCAGAAUGGGGGCACCUGCAUGUCUGAGGGGCUGGAGAGGUACAGCUGUGCCUGUCCUUCAGGGUAUGCGGGCGACCCCAACUGUGCCCCUAAGCUAACUCUGGACUGCACGGUGGACCUGCUCUUCCUGGUGGAGGGCUCUACCACUCUCACCCUUGAGGGGUUCCUGCGCUUCAAGUCCUUCCUGAAGCGCUUCAUGCAGGCGGUGCUGGCAGCGGACACCCCCGUGAACGUGGGCCUGGCCCAGUACGCCGGCGAGGUGCGGAUGGAGAUGAGGGUGGGGGAGUACGUGGCUGUGUCGGAGCUCCUGGGGGCGGUCGACGGGAUGCGCUACGGCGGCGGGGAGGCCAAGACGGGCAAGGCGCUCCGCUACGUCACCCGCAACGGCUUUAAGAGCACGCCGGUGUUCGCCGACGUUCAGGACGACCUGCCGCGGGUGGUGGUGCUGCUCACCGAUUCGCCGUCAGCUGACUCGGUCAGCGAGCCGGCCCGCUACGCGCGGGACCGCGAGAUCUUCCUCAUCGCCCUGGGACCUGAGGCGCUGAAGGCCCAGCUCAAUAACAUCACCGGGAACCCCCAGCGCACCGUUACCUACGCCGUGCCUGACGCCCUGUUCACCAAGGUGCCGGACCUCAGAGCCAAGAUCUGCAGUGUUGACAGCCAAGGCUGUUUAGGUCAGGCAGUGGACCUGGUCUUCGCCCUCGACGCCUCUUCGGGGGUGGGGCAGGAGAACUUCGCCCGCCUGCGGGACUUUGUGAGGAGCGUCUCGGUGCAGUUCGACAUCAACCGGGACGUGGCCCAGAUCGGCCUGGUGGUGUACGGCCAGAGGCCCGUGACGACCUUCGACCUGGACGCCCACGACUCGGGUUCGGGCGUCCUGCGGGCAGUCGGCGAGGCCGCCUACUUGGGCGGGGGGUCGUCCACGGGCAGCGCCCUGCUCCACGUGCACAGCCAGACGCUCACCGUGCACCGGGGGGCGCGCCCGGGGGUCAACAAGGCCGUGGUGGUGGUCACCGACGGGGCCGGGGCGGAGGACGCGGCGGUUCCGGCCCAGAAGAUCCGGGACAACGGAGUUCCCAUCUUUGUGAUCGGGAUCGGCGACGUCCAGACGGACAGCCUCCUGCGCAUCGCCGGCUCGCGGGAUCACAUGAUCUCCGUCCCCUCUUACGAGGACCUCAAGUACUUCGAGGACGUGUUGGUGCAGACGGUGUGCUUCGAGGCGAAGAAGCCGGUGGACCUCUGCAGGCCGAACCCCUGCAUGAACGACGGGAUCUGCAUCCUGCUGCGCGGGAGCUACCGCUGUGAGUGCAGAGGCUGGGAGGGGCCGCACUGCGAGACACGUGUCACUCGGACGUCUAACCGCGGGGACCUCCCGAGGCCAGCGGCACAGCGCCGUCUGCAGAGGAAGAACCACAAAGAGCUUCUGCAGCGCCACAGAGCCCGCUAUCGCCGGACACACUGAUGUACCCCCCCCCCCCCCAAACCCCAUUACACACACACACAUGUACCCAUACACAGCCAACUGUUAACAUUCAUCAUCCUCACCAUCAGCAUUCAUCUCCUUUCACUGAGAAUAGGCGACACAAACAACACAACUGUGUUUCAUUUGCAAAAAAGUAAAUGCAUGGUGAAAAUGUGACUGUGUUCUCAAAACUCUUCAUAUAAUUAAGAAAAUCAUAUAGUGGUAUGGUAUCUAAAAAGAAAGUGCUAUCACAAAAACUCCUCACUAAAGAUACAAAACACACACACACACACACACACUGACCUACAGGACCCACUAUUGAGAGACAUACAUAAUGUAUGGCAUUAUGUGAGGUACGGCUCAGUGUGCAUAGCAUUAAGUUCCGCAGGAAAUAAUAUAGUGCUAAUCAGGAAAUGUAUUGAGUCGUAUAACGUGUGUACUGGGUACUGAAAUAUUUUCUCAAGAUUUGUACCGAGACUUUGCAUCCUUCUACUGUUGUACAAUGCAAAAAUGACUUGCCAUAUAUUGUACAUACUGGUGUGCAACAACACAGCAGACCAAUUAUUUGUUUAUUCAAAUGAAUAUUCCAUUUAUUUUCCCACUAUUACACAUCUCCUCUGUCUGACAAUAAACUGAAGAGAACAUGCCACAUUAUGAUUGGUGCAGUAGCCAUUUUAUCCUGCCCCACUGAAUUUGUGUCUCUUUACAAUGUGCCUUAUCUAUAACCUGUCUAUGUACACAUUGCCUUCAUUACUUAAGGGAUUUUCCUUGUAUAAAUGAGGAAGACUAUUUUUUGUAUUGUAAAAUAUUUAUUUUUUGCUUACCGACUGUAGCCUUGUACUAUAAAAUGAUUAAAAAUGUGACUUGUUUUCUAUA